GUGGGCGGGACGUAAGGGACCAUGGGGAAAAAUUCGAAUUCUGCAGGAUUUAAAUCGCGAGAGGAGAAGUCGCUGCGGCCCAGGAGGUGCAGCCUGCGCGAGGCACGCAAGGAGGGUGGCUCAGAGCCCUGCGGGGUCCGGACCGGGUAGGGGCUCCCAGAGAACCGGGCAGCGCCCCUCCGUCUGCGCUGCCUCCAGACCUCUCCCUCUGUGUGACACCUGAAAGGGGGAUGAGCUCCUACCUAAUUAGAGAGAGGAAGUCCUCUGUCGAACUAGGACAGUAAAAUUCUAACCACCUUAGCUAAUUUGGAUCGUAAAAAACAGAUGAAUGGGAGCAGCUGUGGUCUUGGCAAGUCCAGAAACAUAUAGAUAAUGUUCUUUGGGAGCAGAAAAAUAAAUGUUUAGAAACAAACCCAUUUACUAAAAAUAUUUUAAAAGAAGAAGGGAAAUAACAUGUGUUGAGUGCUUCCCACGUGCAAUGCCAGUGUGAGGCUGGAUGUUUUUCACGUCAUCCCUGUUAAUCCUUGCAAGAACACACGGAAGAAGAGCGUCACUGGCCUCAUUUUGCAGAUUGAGAAACUCAAGAAAGUUAAAGUUCUUUAAAUCAUACCCAGAAAGUAUCUGGCUCAGAGUAGGAUCUAUAGUCUGAUCUGAAGAGACUAAGUUUAAACUUUGCCUUUUAGGUUACAUAUGAGAAUAUAAUUUACACAAACAUCAAGCUAUGCAGAAAAACUCCAAGAGGAACAGUAAUUCAGGAGUUUCUGACAUAGAAUUGAACUCUGUGGAUGCUGACAAGGAAAAAAAAGAAAGUCAAAAUAACUUUGUUGAACUGCUGCCUCCAGAAGUUACUUUUAAAAUUUUCAGUCAGCUGGACAUUCGGAGUUUGUGCAGAGCGUCAGUGGCAUGCAGGAGCUGGAAUUACGCAAUAAGGAACAGCGACUCCUUAUGGAAACCUCAUUGCUUGACUGUACGGGCUGUGUGCCAAAGAGAAAUAGAUGAUGAUCAGAAAAGGGGUUAUUCCUGGAGGGUAAUACUACUGAGGAAUUACCAGAAGAGUAAAGUGAAACAUGAAUGGUUAAGCGGCAGAUACAGCAACAUAUGUUCUCCUGUUAGCCUACCAGAAAAAAUCAUGUACCCGAUGGAUGCAGAUACGUGGGGGGAAAUUCUGGAAGCAGAAUUGGAAAGAUAAGCAGAAAAAUCACAAACAGAUCUCAUAACUUCGAGAGUUUAAAACUAAAGACUCAAGUUGCAAAAAGUCUAUCUUUAUCCAUUCAUUUUUUUGUUCUCCUUUUUAAUAUUUAAAAUUUAAAAGCAAACUAAGUGGAAAAUAUGUAAAAGUAAAGCUUUGUUUUUAUUUUGCACUUUAGUAAAAAAUAUUUUUCUGGUUUUAUUGUAAUGUGGAAAAAUCAUGAAAUGUUAUUUAUAUGAGAAAUACUAUACUGAUAAAGUGAUUUCAAAAUGUAUUAUUUCAUGUGUUUGUAUUAGUAUAUUGCAGUACUUUAAUAAAGAUAAGAGAGUUUGGCAUUUUCUGCUUAAUGAUAAUUUAAAAAUUCAGGAAACCAUUUGAAGACGCUGACUUAGAGAUUCAUUAAGUAGUAGACAUAACGAGGCUCACAGGAAGACUACCUAAAUGAAAUUAAUGGCAAUAUUUUUAAAUGUAUAAUAAAUUUUUAUUUCAAUGACAAAAAUUUCCAUUUCAGUGGAAUCAGGUUGAAUUGUCACACAUUGAAACUAUUUUAAAAUGUAUUUAAAAACUUGUGGUUUAGUUUAAAACUAAUCUGACUAGAGGGGUAAAACUUGUGAGAUUAAGGUCCUGUUACUUGCCUACAGACCUGGAAUUGCUCUCAGGGACUGAAAAUAUAUGGAAAGUUUCCAGAACACUUAACUGCCAUCAGAACUGCCACACUCUUUUUCUUGGUAAAACUUGCUUUCUUUCUGACAGCCUUACAGCACCAUCUAGUGUACUACUCGUAGAUAACCGAGACAAAGGACUUGCAGCUCCUUUCUGUUUUCUCCACAUUUAAAAGAAAGAAAAAUAUUAUUUUAGAGAACCCUAUAUACCUGACUUUGUUAAAGUUUAUAGUUUUCAGGGAACCUUUAGGUUUUGUUCUCUUUUUCUUAAAAGUAGAUGAUCUAGUACUCACUAUACCAAAUUGUUCCUUCUGAAUCUGUGGUCAGCACCAUUGGAAAAAGUGCCUACAAAGAAUUUUAGUUGGUAUGGGGUUUUCUUCUGAAAGUGUGCUCUAUAGUGCAAAAGAUAAGAAUCCAGGAAACCAGUAUUUAACAAAUAGGCAAAUAUCCGAAAGAUGCUCCACUCUAUACAAACUCCCUUUGUUGGAUCUCGAAGGUGGUGACUGGUUGUCUCCCGCUAUCUUCUUAGAGUCGGAAGGGGCCAGUGCGGUCUCUAGGACUAUUUGGCAGUUCCCUCUAUGGGAGCGUUCUUCCUCUCACCCACCAUUAAUUCUUUUCUUGGUAAACUCUUUUUUAAAACUCAUCAUCUUGACCUGGAAGCCGUCCCUAACUUCUCUUGUUCUGGAUUAAGUGGUCCUCUUAAGGUUCCUGUAGUUCUUUGUGCAUUACCACUCUCAAAGCGAUCACGCUACUUUUAAUUGUCUCUUUUAUCUGUCUGUUUCCCCCUUUAGACUGCAACCUUCUUAAUGGCAGGGACCAUUUAUUUAUUUUUGUGCUCCCCAAACCUGGAACAUAGUAGAUAUUCCAUAAAGAUUUGUUAAAUUAUUUCUAUAUUAUUUAUUUUAGCCCCACCCAGAAUUUAUAAUAAAAAUAAUUUGCUAUAUUGUUAGCAGACAAGAUUGUAUUGAAA